CCUAGUCCUAUACAGUAGUCUCCCGAUUUGCUGGUGGCCGUGUGGACGAUGCGCAGCGCACAGGGGCCUGUCUGUCUGCCUGUCUGUCUGUCUGUCAGUCAGUCAUCUUCCGGCUCUGGUCUUCUAGAUGCAGGGGCUGCAAGCUGCCGUCCCCAUUGACAUAUCCCAACUCAGGCCACGCGAAAUGGCAGUCAAUGUCGCCCUGACACACACACACACACACAUGCACGAUUUUAUCGAUUUCGAUCGCUGAGCGACUGACCAGGUGCUGAUUGAAGCCCUUCUGGAGGCCAUGCAGGCCCCCACGUGCGACCGCCUCGUCCAUCCGUGCCUUGUGCACGACCUCACGCAGCCCCAGCACCCGCCCCUUGACGCCACCCACCACUUGGAAGCACUGCAGCGGCACCCGCACCGUCGCCCCGCCCACGUCGGCCAUCCCCCCCCCCACCUGCCUGUUGCUCUCCGUCUUCAGCACGGCACCCAUAACGAAGUGUUCCGCGGCCGAGUGGAUGCGUCUGCCGAAUGUGGUCUGGUGGCUGAGGUUGAUUGCCCUCUCAAUGUCCGUGGCUGCCUUGUGCUGGUCGAAGCAGAGGGCGGCGAUGUGCCAGCCGAUCAAGGCGCUCUCGCCAUCCCCGAGGGCGAGGCGGGACGGCGCGGGGUCUUGGCCGUCGUUGUGGGGGGCGAUGGGCAGCAGGCGGGUCAGGUGGGCAGCCAGCUCUCUGUGCGGCCUCAAAGCUCCAUUGACGGCAGCCAUCACCUGAUGGGGUAGCUCAUUGAGCACGGCCAU